UUUCUGAGUGGUACUCACCAGAUUUCUGCAGAAAUGGCCCCAGUGCUUCGUGCUCAUCUGCAAGUCACAGUGACUCUGGUUCUGCUCCUGUCUAUGCUCAGUUUGGCUGCUGGAGGGAAGCUGCUGGUGGUGCCAGUGGAUGGAAGUCAUUGGCUCAGCAUGCGGGAACUGUUGGACACACUCAGUCAGAAGGGACAUGAAAUAGUUGUCGUUGCACCUGAAAUCAAUGUACAUAUAAAGCCAGCAAAGAAUCUCAUUAUGAAAAUGUACCCAGUCCCUUUCACAAAGGAAGAGCUGGAUUAUGCUUACUGGAAAACGAGCCAGCAUGUAUUUGAAGAAGGUCCUUUUCUGGAAAGAUUUCUUAAAAAAUAUGAACAUGCGAAAAAUAUAUCUGCCAUGUUCCUGUCUACCUGUACUUACUUGCUGUACAACAAAGAACUUGUCAGAUACCUUAAGGAGAGCAAGUUUGAUGCUGUCUUUACAGAUCCACUACUACCCUGUGGGCAGAUAGUGGCCGAGUAUCUUUCACUCCCUUCUGUGGUUUUUUUGCAGCAAAUGCCAUGUCAUUUAGAUUUUGAUGCCACUCAAUGUCCCAAUCCUCCUUCUUACAUCCCCAGAGCAUUUACAGACCUUACAGACCACAUGAACUUUCUGCAGAGGGUGAAGAAUGUGCUCUUUGACUUUCCAAAUUAUUUUCUCUGUGAUUUUGUCUUUCAACCAUAUUCACAACUGGCUUCUGAGUUCCUCCAGAGGAAUGUGACUGUGGUCAGUCUCUUAAGCAAGGCUUCCAUUUGGCUUCUGAAGAUAGACUUUGUUUUACAAUAUCCAAGACCACUGAUGCCCAACAUGGUUUUGAUUGGAGGGGUAAACUGUGCUCCCAAGAAGCUAUCUCAGGAAUUUGAAGCUAUUGUGAAUGCCUCCGGAGAGCACGGCAUUGUCGUCUUCUCACUGGGCUCCAUGGUCUCUGAGAUUCCUAUGAAGAAAGCCAUAGAAAUUGCAGAUGCCUUGGGAACAGUCCCUCAAACGGUUUUGUGGCGGUACACAGGAAAGACACCCCCUAACCUGCCAAACAAUGUAAAGCUUGUCAAAUGGCUGCCACAGAAUGAUCUUCUAGCUCACCCCAAGACUCGUGCCUUUAUUACCCACGGAGGCUCACAUGGUGUUUAUGAGGGCAUAUGCAAUGCAGUGCCAAUGGUACUGAUGCCACUGUUUGGAGACCAGAUGGACAACGCCAAGCGAGUGGAGUCACGGGAAGCAGGACUCGUGCUGAAUAUACUUGAGAUGACUUCGAACGACAUAUCCACUGCCCUGAAAACAGUUAUCAAUGACAAAAAGUACAAAGAGAACAUCAAGCGUAUGUCAGAGCUUCACCUCGACAGACCCAUCCACCCCCUGGACCUGGCUGUGCACUGGGUGGAGUUUGUAAUGAGGCACAAAGGGGCCCCACACCUGCGACCUGCUGCCCAUGACCUGAACUGGAUCCAGUACCACUCCCUGGACGUUGUUGCCUUCCUCCUCACUGUUGGGUUCCUCUCCCUCUUCAUUUCUCUGAAGUGCUGCCUGUUCUGCUGCCGCAGGUGCUGCUUUAAGCGGGGAAGAACAAAAAAGCCAACCAAAGCAAAGUCCCACUAGAAGAUUAAACCAGUGGUGGGAGAUCAGGCCUCUGCUCCAGACCAGAAGGCUCAGGGAACACCUCAACUUUCACUCAAAUAGUAACAUUUUCUUUAAACUAGCACCAUGGGAAGGAUCGAUUCACUAAUGUAAUU